CGAGUUCUUUGAGAGGACCAUCCUUUGUAACAGUUUGGUGUGGAGCUGUGCGUUAACAGGCAGAGCAGGCCUCACCUACCUGGAGGCGGUGGAUAGUGAGCGACGGGCCAAGCAGAGUCUGCAGAACUUUCCCCAGGUUCUGAUGGUACCUCUGUUCCACCUGGCUGCUCUGAGCCGCCGCUGCAGGCUGUCGGAGCUCUGCGAGGAUGUUUACUCAUUCGCCAAAGACCGUUUCUUUCCUGGAGAGGUGGUGGAUGUCAGCGGACGUAAUGGUGCCAGGCAUGUCUGUGAAAUCCUGCAGGUGCAUGCACCAUACUCCACUGCUAAUGUAGCCCCGCCCACUAAUGGCCACAGUGUUUCAGCUCACAAUGAUAUAAUUGUCAUCAGUGACAGUGAUGACGAGAGUGACGCUUUCCAGUGUCCCACCACCCAUUUCAACGGCAGGAAGAAGAAACCUCUCAGUCCAUCUGAAUUUAAAUACACAGUGAGGAUGGUUAAAGGUGAACACAGUAAGACAUUUACUGUCAAAGCCAGUCAAAUCAGYCGGAGGAAGUCCGCUCUGUCCAGAGAGAAACUCAAGCUGCUUUUUAAGCAGCAUUGUGAGGUUCAAAGGGGGGUUAUUACCCUGAAGCCUUCCACAGUGAAGAAGUACAGCCUGUCUGAACAGAACUUUACUCACUUCUUUCCUGAUGAUCCACCUUUCUUCCACUUCAGCUCCACUUCUAAUGGGGGCUCACCUGGACAGGUGUGUGUGUCUCCACUGAAUGCACUGGAGGAAAAACUGAAGCUGCUGCAAAAGAAGGAAGAGAUGAGAGCUGCAGCUCAGGAUAGAGCUCGACUGAAGGACCAAGAGGAGUUGCAGGAGGCUAAAAGGAGGGAGAGGGAGGAGCAGAGACAACGGUUUGAAGAGGAGAAACACAGGAAGAAGAUGGAAAAGGAGCAAAAAAAGCUGGAGAAAGAGAGAGAACGAGAAAAGCUCAAAGAAGAAAAGAAAAAAUUUGCUGAACGUCUGAAGCAGAUGAACCAACCCAGAGAAGAUAUGGAUUGUGAAGACCUAAGGGAACUACCUCGCCCAGUUCCAGUGAGAACUUGUCUUCCAUCAGAGCUGUUUGGAGAAGCUCUGAUGGUUCUGGAGUUCCUGCAGGCUUUUGGUGAGGACUUGGACCUGACUGAUGAGUUCCCUGAUGGUGUAACUCUAGAGGUUCUGGAGGAGGCGCUGGUCGGUUGUGAUCCAGAGGGUCCUCUGUGUGAGCUGCUCUUCUUCUUCUUGACAGCAAUCUUUCAGGCUCUGGAUGAGGAGCGAGAGGAGAUGGCUACAGAUCAGGCUGAAGACCUGCGGGAGGUUCUGGAUGAUGACUCUGAUCCCACUCGCUCAGCUCUGACUGCUGUAGCCACCCUGGCUGCAGCCUGGCCUCAGCUGCAUCAGGGCUGCACGUUAAAACAGCUGGACCUGGACAGCUGUACACUUUCAGAAAUAUUACGUCUGCACAUUCUGGCUUCUGGUGCUGACUGUAGCCACGGCAACGCUAAGUUCUGCUACCAGAAGCAGGGCGGCUUCACUGUGAUGGACGACCCGUGUGUGGAGCUGAGACUGUCAGAACCAGCACUGCUGAAGAGGCUGUCCUGCACCGCCGUGUACGACCUGACUGCAG